AUGAUACAGGCCGACAUUGGGCACCUUAUCGCAACCGUGAGCUGCUUGAGGGCUGCUGAGAGCAGAGACAUCUGUGAAAACUUUUCUAACUGCAGUUCGUGUAUUGGUAAUGACACAAACGUAGGAGGCUGCAAGUGGAUCGGAUGUGGAAGAGACACGUGUGUGAAUGAAACAGAAGUAGAUUCGAAAUACAGCAACUGUGUAGUUGAACAGUGUUCUACUCCUACGGAUGCUCCUCUUUCCAAUGCUUCUACACCGUCUUCCAAUACUACUACACCACCUUCCAAUACUACUACACCGCCUUCCAAUGCUACCACAGCGUCUUCCAAUACUACCACAGCCAGUUCUGCUACCACAGCUCAUACUACUAUAGCUAACAUCACCAAUGUAACUACACAUGCUCCUCUACCUACAACUGCCAUUACUUCAGCUACCGCAACAACCAGAAUUCCAGGUACAAAUGCUACUGUGACUCCUGCACCUUCUCCACGCAAAUCUACAUUUGAUGCUGCAAGUUUCAUAGGUGGAAUUGUCCUUGUUCUGGGUCUGCAGGCUGUUGUUUUCUUUCUGUACAAGUUCUGCAAGUCGAAAGACCGAAACUAUCACACACUUUAGGACCUGCCACUUUACCAUGGACUAGUAGCCCAACACCUGUAGUUCACUGAACCAAAAUGUUUUCUGUUGCUCAUGGAAGACAGCAGUUCAUAAUAUCCUUUAAAUCUCUAAAAGAAGACAUUAAAAGAAUAUUUUUGCAACAUUAUACUUGGCAAGAGGUGAUACGAAUCUCUUCAACAGGAUUACUUGCAAUAUGCUGCAUGGGUUCUAAUGGCUGUCUUUUCCUUUAGUGGCUGCUGCUGUGGGACUUUUUUUUUGAUAUGCCAAAUGUAGACAUUCAGAGAUCUUAUUCAGUGGCAACACUGUCUUGAGUAGACAAUCUCAUGAUGACUUAUUGUGAAGGUUAAUUUAAUCAACAUUUGAUACAGUAUCCCUUCAGUUUUAUCAAGAUGUGAAUUAUUGGUGACUGACUUCAGGGAGUGAAAUACCAUUUAUACUAGCGUAUGUCUCUUAUAGCGUGCUGCUAGAAAGAUGAACAAAAUUGUAGAAAUAGAUAAUGUCUUAACAGAAUAAUAAUAACCCAUGAAUUUUUUUACACAAGAUUAAAGGUUGCCUGAUAAAAUACUGCAUUCCAAACAGAAAUCCUGUGCCCUUUCCAAUUAAUAUUGAGGGUGGAAAGGGGAUGUAGAGAUAAUCCUUCUAAAGGGGAAAUGAAGUUUAGUGCCUUAAAAGACUAAAAAUAAGUAGGCUACAAAAGUGUCCCACCUAUCUCAAAGAUAA